CACGGUGUUGGUGUUCUAUAUAUAUUGGAGUAUUAAGUUUGAGAAGUGGAAAAGUAAGAAGUAAAAAAGUGAUUUUGAAGAAGAGGGAAAAGAAAGCAUGGAGGAGCAAAUAGAUCCAAGGAGUGGCUUCUGCGUUUCCAACUCAGUCUUCUACAGCAAGAGGAAGCCACUCCCACUCGCUCCCAACAACGCCCUCGACGUCACCACCUUCAUCUCCUCCCGAGCCCACCGCGGAACCACCGCCUUCAUCGACGCCGCCACAGGCCGCCACCUCAGCUACAGCCAGCUAUGGCGAGCGGUGGAGGGCGUGGCGGGGUCUCUCUGGGACAUGGGGAUCCGAAAGGGCAACGUCGUCCUUGUCCUCUCUCCCAACUCCAUCGACUUCCCGGUGGUGUGCCUCGCCAUCAUGUCCCUCGGCGCCGUCAUCACCACCACCAACCCCCUCAACACCACGCGGGAAAUCGCCAAACAGAUCGCAGAUUCCAAACCCCUCCUCGCCUUCACCACUACUCUCUUGCUUCCCAAAGUCACCCAGGCAGCACCCUCUCUACCGAUCGUUCUCAUGGACGCCACCACUCAUCCAUCCAUUCCCGACGCCAAAAUUGUAGCCACCCUCCACGACAUGGCCCAGAAGGAACCCAGCGCUCAGCGCGUGAGGGAGCGCGUGGAGCAGGACGACACGGCCACGCUGCUCUACUCCUCCGGCACCACGGGACCCAGCAAGGGCGUGCUUUCCUCCCACCGGAACCUCAUAGCCAUGGUCCAAAUCGUCCUCGGUCGCUUCCACGCCGGAGACAUCGAAACCUACAUCUGCACGGUCCCCAUGUUUCACAUAUACGGUCUCGUCGCCUUCGCCACCGGCCUCCUCGCCUCCGGCUCCACCAUCGUCGUCCUCACCAAGUUCGAGAUGCACGACAUGCUCUCUGCCAUCCAGAGGUUCCGCGCCACGUACCUCCCCCUGGUUCCACCCAUUCUGGUUGCCAUGCUCAACAACGCAGACGCCAUCAAGAAAAAGUACGAUAUCGGGUCCCUGCAUUGGGUUCUAUCCGGCGGCGCUCCCUUGAGUAAGGAGGUCAUUGAGGGGUUUGUCGACAAGUACCCCAACGUCACCAUCCUUCAGGGUUAUGGUUUGACGGAAUCCACCGGUGUCGGGGCCUCCACCGACUCCUUGGAGGAGAGUCGCAGAUACGGCACCGCGGGGCUCUUGUCGCCGGGAACCCAAGCCAUGAUCGUCGACCCUGACUCCGGCCAGUCGCUUCCGGUUAACCGCACCGGUGAGCUCUGGCUCAGGGGUCCCACCAUCAUGAAAGGUUAUUUCAGUAACGAAGAGGCGACGACAUCAACCCUUGAUUCAAAAGGAUGGUUAAGAACAGGGGAUGUUUGUUACAUUGACAAUGAUGGAUUCAUAUUUAUUGUGGAUCGACUAAAAGAGCUUAUAAAAUACAAGGGAUAUCAGGUACCUCCAGCAGAACUUGAGGCCUUGUUACUGACUCAUCCUGCUAUUUUAGAUGCUGCUGUUAUCCCGUAUCCAGAUAGAGAGGCUGGGCAGUUUCCAAUGGCAUACGUUGUGAGGAAGGAUGGAAGUAGCUUGUCGGAAAGCCAAGUUAUGGAUUUUGUUGCAGAACAGGUGGCUCCCUACAAGCGGAUUCGAAAAGUUGCGUUUAUCUCCUCCAUACCUAAAAAUCCAUCUGGCAAAAUUCUUCGCAAGGAUCUCAUCAAGCUUGCAACUUCUAAACUCUGAGCAUGCAUGCAUGCAUGCAUCACUCUUUCCACCAAGUCUCCACUACACCUCCAUAGCGGGAAUAAAACUGUCUUGGUGAUGGAAAUAAUAUUUUCUGUCAUUUUUGUGUGAUCAAACUUGUACAAACAUUUAAAUACAAUUAAAUUGAGAAAGCUUACGCGUGACUUAAACAUAAUA